CCCACUCAGCCUCCACCAUGUCCAUCAAGAUGAACAAGUACUAUGCCAGGUCCUCCAUCUCCAGCACGUCUGGCCCCCGGAGCAGCUUCAGCAACCACUCCUACACUUCUGGGCCCAGAGUCCAAAUCAGCCCCAUUUCCUUCCCGCUGGGGCAGGGCAUGCUGGGCAGCGGGGGCAUGAUGGGUCUGCCGGGGGGCUACGGUGGGGCCAUGUCAGCCAUCACGGUGAACCAGAGCCUGCUGAGCCCCAUUAAGAUAGGGCUGGACCCCGAGAUCCAGGCCGUGCGUGUCCAGGAGAAGGAGCAGAUCAAGACCCUCAACAACAAGUUCGCCUCCUUCAUUGACAAGGUGCGGAAACUGGAGCAGCAGAACAAGAUGCUGGAGACCAAAUGGAGUCUCCUGCAGCAGCAGAAGACAUCUCGUAGCAACAUGGACAGAAUAUUUGAGAACUAUAUCAGCAGCCUUCAGCGGCAGCUGGACUUACUGGGCCAGGAGAAGGCAAAGCUGGAGGUGGAAUUGGGCAACAUGCAGGAGCUGGUGGAGAGCUUCAAGACUAAGUAUGAGGAGGAGAUCAACAGGCGCACAGAUAAGGAGAAUGAAUUUGUCCUCAUCAAGAAGGAUGUGGAUGAAGCUUACAUGAACAAGGUAGAGCUGGAGUCCCGCCUGGAAGGACUGACUGACGAGAUCAACUUCUUCAGGCAGCUGUAUGAAGAGGAGAUCCGUGAGCUGCAGUCCCAGAUCUCGGAGACCUCCGUGGUCCUGUCCAUGGACAACAACCGCUCCCUGGACCUGGACGGCAUCAUCGCCGAGGUCAAGGCCCAGUACGAGGAGAUCGCCAACCACAGCAGGGCCGAGGCCGAGCUCGCGUACAAGAGAAAGUACGAAGAGCUGCAGGUCCAGGCUGGGAAGCAUGGGGACAGCCUCCGUGUCACCAAGUCCGAGAUAACUGACACGAGCAGGAGAAUCACCAAGAUCCAGAGUGAGAUUGAAGGCUAUAAAAGCCAGAGAGCGUCCCUGGAGGUUGCCAUCAAGGAGGCUGAGCAGACCGGGGAGAGAGCUGUCCAGGACGCCCAGGCCAAGCUGGCCGAGCUGGAGGCUGCUCUGACCCAGGCCAAGCAGGACAUGGCGCGGCAGCUGCGGGAGUACCAGGAGCUCAUGAACGUGAAGCUCGGCCUGGACAUCGAGAUCGCCACCUACAGGAAGCUGCUGGAGGGCGAGGAGAGCCGGCUGGAGUCUGGGAUGCAGAAGCUGAGAAUCCAUGCCAAGACCCCCGGCUUCCCGGGUGGGCUGAACUCGCCCUUUGGGGCCCUCCCAAGCCCUGGCCCCUUCUAGCUCCUCCCAGCCCAACUCAUUGGCUUCAGCGACCUCAGCCGUGCCGGCUCCUCCCAGACUGUGGUUGUGAAGAAGACCGAGACCUGCGGUGGGCACUUGCCCGAGCCAUCCAUGUCCUGUCCCAGUGAGCAACCGCUGAGGCCCUUCCAGCCACUCCUCACCCCUCCCACCCCCCCCAGCCCGCUCCCUUGGAGCUGCCCUGGCACUGAGCUGAGGGAGUUUUGAGGACAGGAGAGCUGCUGGCUCACCUUGGGAAGUCUGGGGUCCCCCCUCUUGCCUGUGCCCCCAACUAAAACUCAUUGUCAGUUUUUUUUUCCAAAAUAAAAUUUCA